AUGAUGACAGUGGACGCACAGCAGAGAAGGAUUCUCCAUGUACUGGGACCCGUGAUCAGGCUCCUCAACACCUCGCCAGGUGACACUGUGAAGAUAGGCGAGAUCUCAUAUGUGCUCAGAUCUCCCAGAAAUCCAGAACUCGUGCCAGAAUUAACAAAGCGAGAAGUGGAAUAUGUUGCCCUGUCCAGAGAUACUACUGAGACUGAUCUCAAACAGCGCAGAGAGAUCCGGUCUGGAACUGCAUUUUACAUAGACAAGUGUGCUGUCCGAGCUGCAACUGAGGGUCGGAUUCUGGUGUUGGAGGGGCUGGAGAAGGCCGAGAGGAACGUGUUGCCAGUUCUCAAUAACCUGCUGGAGAAUCGAGAGAUGCAGCUGGAAGAUGGACACUUUCUCAUGUCAGCACAGCGCUACAACAAACUCCUGGAGGAGCACACUAAAGAUGAGCUGGAUGUGUGGAAAAUCGUUCGGGUGAGUGAGGAGUUUUGAGUCAUUGCUCUCGGCCUUCCUGUUCCCCGAUACAAAGGAAACCCGCUGGAUCCACCUCUCUGCUCCCGCUUCCAGGCCAGAGACAUCUACUACCUUCCCUUCAAGGACCAGCUAGAGCAUCUAUACAGAAUUGGGCCAAAUGUGCCUCCUGAAAGGGUGUCCCAGCUCUUGUCUUUGGCCACUACACUUUGUUCUCAAGAGUCUGCCAGCUUAAGUCUGCCUGAUUUCCCUGUGGACAAUCUUCCAUCUGCCCUCGCAGUUCUAAACUUGUUCGCCAUGCUGUCAGCGCAGCAGCUGGUCCAGAGGCUUUACCCGUACGAGGUCAUGCUGGGAAAGGAAGGCCGUACCGCUGUAGAGGGGGUGCUCAGUAGGUUUGAGUUGACUGAUGGGAGCACGAAACCUUCUCCGACUGCUGUGCUGAGCAUUGAGUCUGUGAAUGGAGCUCAUGCAGAACAGGCAGCUGUCACCCUCAACAUAGCCAACCAGAACAUCACCUUUCAGGUUCCUUCAGGGACGCGGCAAAGUCACCCACCCAACAGCAGUCCCACGUUCAUCGGCACCCCCACCCACGACCGCCUGCUGGCCGAGAUGAUGCAGUCCCACCUCGUCAAAGACAUUUGUCUGAUUGGAGCCAAGGGUUGUGGCAAAUCCGUGAUUGCAAGGGAAUUUGCUGACAUGCUGGGCUACAGCAUUGAACCAAUUAUGCUUUAUCAGGAUAUCACUGUGCGGGACCUCCUCCAGCAGAGGUACACCCUGCCUAAUGGAGACACAGCCUGGAGGGCCUUCCCGCUGGUCACUGCUGCUCAGGAGGGCAAGCUGGUGCUGCUGGACGGCAUCCACCGUGUCAACCUGGGCACUCUGGCUGUGCUUUCCAGGUUGCUGCAUGACCGCGAGCUGGCUCUGAGGCGGGACCGUUACCAGACUCUGAAAGACGAGCUACAGCUCACUGACCAGGAGCUGCAAAACAGAUCUCUGAAUUCUCUGCAUCCAUCAUUCCGGAACAUCGCUUUAGCGGAGCCGCCUCAGGUUGGGAGCACCACGCAGCAGUGGCUCAGCCCGGAGAUCCUCACCAUGUUCCUCUUUCACACCGUCAAACCACUGGCCAAGGUUGAGGAAACGGCUGUUAUCCAGGGCAUUAUCCCAAAUGUUCCCAAAGAAGCAGUGGAGCAGCUGCAACACCUGACUCACAGUCUGAGAAAAUCCAACGAUCCUACGCCCCUCUCUCUUGCUUCUUCAUUGUCCACCAGGCAGCUGCUGAGAAUCUGUCGGCGUCUUUCUCAGUAUCCACAGGAGAGUGUUGCUCACACUGUGAACAAAGCCUGUCUGUCCAGGUUUCUGCCCAGCCUGGCUCGCUCGGGUCUUCAGAAGAGUCUGGUUAACUGCUCAAUAGAAGAUCAGCUUGACCCAGCAUCAGAACAGAGCCAUCUCUACAGCUGCACAGUAAAAGAUGGACUUCUGACCAUAGGGAACGUCUCGGCUCCUGUGUACAGCCCUGAUGAGAAGAUGAAGGUCACAGAUGUGCUCUUUUAUGAGAACGUUCAGCACAUGAUGGUGAUUCAGGACAUGCUGAAGGACUCCCUGUUGGGGGAACACCUGCUUCUUGUGGGCAACCAGGGCGUAGGGAAAAACAAGAUUGUUGAUCGAUUCUUGCAUCUGAUGAACAGACCCAGAGAAUAUCUUCAGCUUCACAGAGACACUACAGUCCAGACUUUAACACUGCAGCCCUCUGUGAGAGAUGGCAUCAUCAUCUGUGAAGACUCUCCAUUGGUUAAAGCUGUAAAGAUGGGACAUAUUCUGGUUAUAGAUGAAGCUUGUAAAGCUCCCACAAAUGUCACCUGUAUCCUGAAGACAUUGGUGGAGAGUGGACAGAUGAUCCUGGCAGAUGGAAGAAGAAUAGUGUCAGAUCCACUGGAAGCAGCCGGAAGGUCUAAUGCCAUUCCCAUGCAUCCAGAUUUCCGUAUGAUUGUUUUAGCAAACUGACCUGGCUUUCCGUUUUUGGGGAAUGACUUCUUCGGAGCACUUGGGGACAUAUUUAGCUGCCAUGCAGUGGACAACCCCAAACCUCAGGCUGAGUUUGCCAUGCUGAAGCAAUAUGGGCCUGACGUUCCUGAUGCAAUCCUCCAGAAACUGGUGGCUGCAUUCGGAGAGCUCCGGGCCAUGGCUGACCAGGGAACAAUCACCUACCCCUACUCUACACGAGAAGUGGUCAACAUCGUAAAACACCUGCAGAAAUUUCCAGACGAGGGCCUGACCAGCGUGGUGAGGAAUGUGUUUGACUUUGACUCCUAUAACAAGGACAUGCGUGAGGUGCUGAUCACAGCGCUGCACAAGCACGGCAUUCCCAACGGAGCCAAACACACCAGUGUGCACCUGGCCAAAGAGUAAGAGCUCAGCUCCUAUCGCCCUUUACUGUCCGGCCCUGUGUUUCUGCGGGUUCAGAGUUAUCCUUCUGAGAGGCACGAGUCCAGAUUCUGUGAGCUUGAGGAACAGGCUCACUGGGCAGAUUCCAUGAACGAGUGGUUCAUCUUGACGUCAACGAUUCCAUUAUGUUGGCACAACGAUGUAAACCAAGAUUUUGAAAUAGCAAAAGUAACCCUGAAGGAGAAAGGAGACUCCGUCCAGUGCAUUGAGCUCUAUGACAUCUUCCCUCGGACCAUCAGUGGAGGCUGGCAGCCCUUUUACUCUGUUGUGUGGUUGUUCUAUGUGGAGAAGGGGAUACAAAAAGCCCGUGCUCUGACUGUAACUCAGCAGCUGGGUGGUUUCGGCACCUGCGGCAACACAGUGCUGCAUCUGGACCUGGUGACCGGUGCUGUGAGGAGACUGGUCCUGUCUCAGGACAAACAGGAGGAACCACCGUGCAAGACCUCAAACUGGUGGACCAACAAAGAGAGUCAGCUCUGCCCGGCCGUCUGUGGUUCCCUGCCUGCUGGUUCCCUCAUCUUGGCAGCUGUAUUGGUUCUGGUGGUCCUAGCUGCUGCCCCCUAUGCUGGUUCCAGUGGUCACCCUCAGCUAUCCCGUCAUUACCCCAGUAUCCCCUCCUGUUGGACUUUCAAUAAAGCAGAUGUCUAUGUAGGCUGUAGACUGCCAACAGCUCAUUAUGUUUCGGAUCAGAGCUCUGGUGUCCUGUUCAGGCAUGGCCUACUGAUUUGUACUCUGCUCUACUUGGACAGGAGUCAGCUGGAUGUUGUUGAUGUGCUAGAAGGUCGGUACACCAUCUCCCUCCCCAUCAAUCUCAAGCCUGUGUUCCUGGUGGCUGAAGACCACUGGCUUCUUGUUGAGAGCAAGACUGACAGGAAGUUCCUGUUGACAAAGCCCAUGCACAUGGGCGCAGAGGACACGGGAGUGUGCCAGCUACAUGCCAUCAGUGAAGACGCUGUUAACACUGGCUUUGGCACCAGCUCAGGGCUUGAAGCCACGGCUCCUCAGGAGGUAUCGAAUGAGCAGCUGCCCAGUGAGAACCUCAGCACUGCCCUGGGCCAGAAGAUCAUCUCUCCCAACCGCAUCCUCUGUGACACUAACACCUAUGCUAAUGUUAUCGUGGGCUUCCCAGACCUCAUGUCCCCUAACGAAGUGUGCAGCUUUACAAGAUCUUCGCCCAUAACAGAGGGUCGGGGAUCUGAUAUGUUUUUUGGGUCAAGUAAGUGAACCGGGCCAGCAAAGAGGGUCAACUGUGUCUGUCUGUUAAGGGCUAAUCAAGUGGUCCGAGCUCCCCCUUCACAAGUCCCACUGACUGAGAUCUACCCCAAAGAUGUCACACCACCCAUGACUGCUGCUCAGCUGGAAGUGACAGACCUGAACUCUAAAAAGCUCAAACACAUUCCAGUGCCGAGGAGCAGCUCAAUGUCUCCAUACACUGUGUGGAUCUCAAAGGUCUCAGACACAGAUGUAGUGAUGGCUCCUUGGGGCUCUGAGAGGCUGUGGGAAACAGGCCUGGACAACCUGCAGCGCUCUCUGCUGGAGUGGAGGAUCAUGAUCGGAGCAGAGGAUGGCAGGCCAAUCCAGAUCACCAUUUAGAGAGACAGUAGACAAGAUGUCAGCUACCCAAAGACUGACCCCAGAAAUGCCCCUCAUGUAGGGGGGAACCAGUGGGCUGGAGGCACAGGGACAGUAAAUCACAUCCCAUUGCACUGUGUAUCGAAAGGUGGCAGAGAUACAGCGGGUCUUGGAGGGAAAGGAGGCCCAUACCGUCUGGACGCCGGACACAAAGUUUACCAGAUUUCUCAGGCGGAGAAAGACGCUGUGCCAGAUGAGGUGAAGAGAGCUGCACGGGAGAUGGCCGAGAAGGCUUUUAAGCAGAGAAACAAUCACUUCUGUGACAUUUUUGCUCCAGGUGCUGAUGGAGAGGGUUUUGAGAAGAUCCGCUCCUCUAAAUCAGCGCUAUCUCCUUUCACCUACGAUAGCACUGUAAAGAAAGCUGGCAGCCACACAGGCCUGUGUGUGGUCCAGAUGAGCGCACUGGCAUCGCUCUGCACAGGUUCUGUCCUGAGAAGAACUUCACCUCCACCUCACCCUGAGCCUCUGUUCUCCGCUUGGGCUUUUCCAGAUAGUAAUUUGACCAAUGCCUAUUCAUUUGCUGCUGUAAAGAUGCCGACACAUACAUUCAGAUUGGGGUCUCCUCAGCAGAAGCUGAAGCGUUUACGUCUGCUAGCGGACGUCUCUGGCAGCAUGUAUCGCUUUAAUGUUGUGGACUGCCGUCUGGCCAUGGAAGCUGUGUGUAUGGUGAUGGAGGCUCUUGAGAGCUACGAGCACAAGUUUAAGUAUGAUAUUAUGGGGCACUCUGGAGAUGGGUUUGACAUAGAACUGGUCAGAUGUGACAAAGUGCCCAAGAACAAUAAGGAGAGGCUGGAUGUUUUGAAGACCAUGCAUGCCCACUCAUAGUUCUGCAUGAGCGGAGACUACACGCUGGAGGGCACCGAACACGCCAUGAAGGAGCUGGCGCAUGAAGAAGUCAACGAGUAUUUUGUCAUCGUUCUGAGCGACUCCAACCUGGAGCGCUACGGGAUCAGCCCCGACCGGUUUGCACGCACCCUCACCAGUAACCCACAGGUCAAUGCCUUUGCCAUCUUCUUCGGUUCCCUGGGAGAUCAGGCGGACAGGCUCCAGAGGACUCUGCCGGCCGGACGAUCUUUUGUCGCCAUGGACACCAAGCAGAUCCCCCAAAUUUGGAGGAUUUUCACAACCACCAUGCUGUCCAGUGCCUGAGAGAACUCCAGUGGGGCGAAUCGCACUGAAAUUGACAUGUCACUGAUGACAGUGAUCUCUGUGUCGAGGAGCAACAGGUUGAAUCUCAUGAUAAAAAUCAGGGUUACAUUUCACUGGAAAAUCAAAAGAAAGAUA